GAUCGAGCUCUUGGUGGCAGUGGUCGUGUCUGGAUGGGGAAUUGUUGCAGAUCUCCGGCUGCUGUUGCCAGGGAGGAUGUCAAAUCCAACUUCUCCGGCCACGAUCACGGCAAGAGGGACUCCAACGCCGCCAAGAAGAAUCGGGUUACGGUUCUUACGGACGUGCCCAAGGAGAACAUAGAGGAGAAGUACUUGGUGGAUCGGGAACUCGGUCGGGGUGAGUUUGGUGUGACUUAUCUGUGUAUUGAGCGGGAAACUAGGGAGCUACUGGCUUGCAAGAGCAUUUCCAAGCGGAAACUGAGGACUGCGGUGGACAUUGAGGAUGUUAGGCGUGAGGUUGCCAUUAUGAAGCACUUGCCCAAGAGUUCCAGCAUUGUGAGCUUGAAGGAAGCGUGUGAGGACGACAAUGCCGUGCAUUUGGUCAUGGAAUUGUGCGAGGGUGGUGAGCUGUUUGAUCGCAUUGUGGCACGUGGCCAUUAUACCGAACGAGCCGCCGCCGCCGUCACAAGGACGAUUGUGGAAGUUGUGCAACUUUGUCACAAACAUGGGGUUAUUCAUAGGGACUUGAAGCCGGAGAAUUUUUUGUUCGCCAAUAAAAAAGAGAAUUCACCUUUGAAGGCUAUCGAUUUCGGCUUGUCUAUAUUCUUCAAGCCAGGUGAGAGAUUCUCAGAAAUUGUUGGAAGUCCAUAUUAUAUGGCUCCAGAGGUGCUCAAGCGGAGCUAUGGGCCAGAAAUUGAUAUCUGGAGUGCAGGAGUAAUUCUAUAUAUCUUGCUCUGCGGUGUUCCCCCAUUUUGGGCAGAAUCUGAGCAAGGGGUUGCACAGGCGAUUCUUCGAGGUCUCAUAGAUUUCAAACGGGAACCUUGGCCCAGUAUUUCAGAGAGUGCCAAAAGUCUUGUUAAGCAAAUGUUAGAACCAGAUCCCAAGCUUCGACUAACUGCCAAGCAGGUGCUUGAGCAUCCUUGGCUUCAAAAUGCUAAGAAGGCUCCUAACGUUCCCCUUGGUGAUGUAGUCAAGUCUAGGCUUAAGCAGUUUUCAAUGACGAACAGAUUCAAAAGAAAAGCCCUGAGGGUCAUUGCUGAUUUCUUAUCUACUGAAGAAGUUGAAGACAUCAAAGAAAUUUUCAAGAAGAUGGACAGCGACAAUGAUGGUAUCGUUUCUGUUGAAGAACUAAAAGCUGGAUUUCAAAAUUUUGGAUCUCAACUUGCUGAGUCUGAAGUUCAGAGUCUGAUUGAAGCUGUAAAUACUAAUGGGAAGGGAACACUUGACUAUGGAGAAUUUGUUGCCGUUGCCCUGCAUUUAAAACGGAUAGCUAAUGAUGAGCAUCUUCGCAAAGCCUUCUCCUAUUUUGACAAAGAUGGUAAUGGCUAUAUUGAACCAGAUGAGCUGCGGCAUGCAUUGACAGAAGAUGGUGCAAGUGAUUGUACAGACGUAGCAAAUGAUAUUUUCCUGGAAGUAGACACAGACAAGGAUGGCCGUAUCAGCUAUGAUGAAUUUGUGGCUAUGAUGAAAACUGGAACAGAUUGGAGGAAAGCCUCUAGGCAUUAUUCACGAGGGAGAUUCAACAGCUUGAGCUUGAAGUUGAUGAAAGAUGGUUCUGUAAACUUAGGCACUGAAUAGUGGUCUAGUGUGGGUGUGGCCCCUCUUUCUGAAUCUACAAUUACAAAGUAGUGUAAUAUUCCUCGUACAUUCUGGACUUGAUCUCUUUGUGAUUAUUAUUUGGUUCCCUCGUUUGAUGUUUGCCUAUUGACGAGGUGCCGUGCGAAUCAGGGAAGGAGCUGCAUGCACCUACAUACAGGCCUUUGUUGCUUCCAUGAAGCAAGCUGCCUUGGAGCCAUUGGUGUGUGACAUGUAUGAUUCCUUUCUUUUAACCUCUCUCACCCUCUGUUCUGGUUAACAAUGUUGAAUCAAACUACGUAGUGCUGCCAGAGCAUUUUUACCAAAGUAAUGCGAAUGCCUUGUUUUUUUA